AUGGCUCCUAAACCAAUUUAUAAAAAAAAAUUAAAUCUAAAAUUCUAUUAUCAACAAUAUUUUACUAAUAAACUUAAAGAUGAAUAUAAUCUAAAAGAACCUUUUUCAAAUCAAAUACUUAUAUUUCAUAUUGAAAUACGAAAAAUUAAUGAUCAAAAAAAAAGUGAAUUUAAAAAUAAUUUUAGAGAUGGUUAUAAUAGAGAUUAUUUUUUUACGGCCGUUCGACAAUAUACUAAGAGAAAUCGUGUAAAAAAUUCUAAUAAAGGUAAAUCCGAUGAAGAUGAACUAGCGCUAUCAAAAGAUUAUCCUUCAACUUCAGCUCAAGAUCCGCUUAACAAAAUACCCAUCCUACAACAAGAAUCAGAUAGACUAGAUUUAGAUAACCAAAAUUUAAAUGACCAAAAUUUAAUUAGAAAAUCCAAUAUAUAUCAAACAACAGAAAAGGCAUAUGAAGAGCUCAAGAUUGAAUAUGGAGUUCUUGUGAAGAAUCUUAAAGACCUUGAAAUUAAUCAUAAGAAUACCAAAAAAGAACUUAAAACUGCCACGAAAGAAAAUACGAACCUUGACAAAAAACUCACACUAAAUAAACAAGAGCUUGCAACUGCCAAUAAAGAAAAUGUGAACCUUGACAAAAAACUCUCAUUAAAGGAACAAGAGCUUGAAACUACCAAUAGAGAAAAUGCCAACCUUGACAAAAAACUUUCAAUAAAAGAACAAGAGCUUGAAUCUGCCAAAAAAGAAAAUGCAAAUCUCGACAAAAAAUUCACUCUAAAGAAACAAGAGCUUGAAACCGCCAAGAAAGAAAUCAUGAACCUUGACAAAAAACUCUCAAUAGAUGAAAAAGAGCUUGAAGCUGCCAAGAAAGAAAAUGCGAACCUUAACAAAAAACUCACAGAAAAGGAAUACAAUUAUGAAGAAUCGCAAACAAAAAUUAAAGACCAUAACAAAAAAAUAAAAUCUCUUAAAAAAGAA